AUUCAGAAAUGAAGCUAGGUAUUUCAAUUAUAAUUGAAUCGCGUUUUUACUUCUGAUUUCAGUCAUAUUUAUCCUGGCUAUAUUCGGUCACAAAAGAGAUGAACUUUCAAAAGUUUAAGUUGUUGAUGUGGAAGAAUUAUCGUUUGCGACGGUACCAUGGAGCCGUAACUGCGAUCGAAUUGUUUGUACCAAUCUUAAUCGGGUGUAUUAUGGUGUGGACAAUUUCAAAGCUUCCACCGUCAAAAGAAACCUCCAAGAGGUCUGAAACGAUCUACGCAUCUUAUUUGAAAAAAGAAUAUGUCGUUAGAGGUGCCAGCCAACUUGACGUGUAUUAUGCUCCUAAUGGUCGCGUAAUCGAUCAGUUUAUGAAUCGGAUGAAAAGCAUGUUCAGCUACAUGAAUUGGCAAAAAAAAGGAUUGGCGAGCGAAGCUGAGCUGGAGAAUGUUCUGCAUAAUUCACGUUUAGAAGACACUUAUGGAAUUUUCUUCCAAAAUAUCAUCUCGGAUGAAUCGCUACCAGAUAAAUUAACCUACGUCAUGAGAAGCGCAGUUGAUUGGAAUACAAAAAUUUUGUAUCCUGUAGAAGAGACUACACAACCUCGUCAAACAGAUCCUUAUAGAGAUAAAUUCUUUUGUGCUGUUCAGUGGUUGAUAAACGAUCAUUUCGUUGAAUAUAAAACGAGCAAGAGUGCUUUGUUUGAGGUGAGAUUCGAAUGGUUUCCGUUCCCACAGUAUACGUUGAACGAAAGUCCAACAUCUUGGUUAUCCAUUGUAUUUGGUGUUGUCAUUGUUUUAGUCAUUCUGAUUGAAUCUAUCCCAUUAAUAAACGAUAUUAUUGAUGAAAAAGAGAGCGGUGUUAAGGAAUUAAUGAAAAUAACCGGACUUGGCGAAUGGCUGAUGUGGUUCGGCUGGUUUUUUCACGGCUUCAUUAUCAAUUUGGUUUCCUUGACCAUCUUGACCAUUAUUUCAAUGUAUCCGUUCAAUGGACCCGGAACAGGAAUUAUACGUUUUGUACACUUUUCCGUGUUGUGGUCGUUUAUCAUACUUUACUGUGUGGCGAAUAUUUCAUUCUGCUUCAUGUUUUCUGCUAUUUUUCAAAGAACCACCAUUGCUUCAUCAGUAUUUUUGAUUUGUUACGCGGGUCUGCUGAUUGGAACGUAUUGGUUGAUGAACAACGCUGCCGAUAAUCCAGCGUUAAGAUUAGCAGCAUUGGCUCCUGUGGGCGCAUUUGUCUUGGGAUUUUCUCGGAUACGUUACUACGAGAUAUACAGCAUUGAUUUCACCUGGUCAUCUGUCAUUGCAUCUGAAAAUGAAAGGAAUUCAAUUUCGUUUAUGUUUUGUUUGCUAAUGUUGGUGUUUGACACUUGUCUGUACUUCUGUUUGGCAUAUUAUAUAACAGCCAUCAAUCCUGGGAAAUUCGGAGCUCGCAAAUCACCUUUUUUCAUUUUUGAGGGUUUGUUUUCGCGUUUCUUCACCAAGGACACCCAACCACUAGAGAAUCUAGAUGAUGAAGCUGAUAGUGAAUUUUUUGAAGCGCCUCCACAGAAUGUAGAAGCUACCAUACAAAUCAAAGAUCUACAUAAACAUUUUGGAAAAGUAUACGCAGUUAGAGGAGUUGAUAUGAAUAUCUAUGAAGGCGAAAUGACAGCUUUGUUGGGACAUAAUGGUGCUGGAAAAACAACUACUAUGUCGAUUAUGACCGGGUUGAGUUCUCCUAGCGCUGGAUCUAUACAUUUUAGAGGCAUGGAUAUAUUUGAGAAUAUGGAUGAAUUUAGACAGAACUUAGGGAUGUGCCCUCAAGAAAAUCGAAUAAUGCCUUAUUUAACAGUUGUAGAGCAUUUAUUAUUUUUUGGACAAUUGAAAGGUGUUUCCCGAACGGAUGCGCUAGCUGAAGCAGACGAAUAUUUGUAUAUGAUGGAAAUGCAAGAGAAGAAAAAUUCAUUAGUCAAUGCUUUAUCAGGUGGAAUGAAAAGAAAACUGUGCCUGGCAAUUGCUCUGAUGGGAGAAGCUGAAGUUCUGAUAUUGGAUGAGCCAACGUCUGGAAUGGAUGUGCAAUCGAGGAGACAAUUAUGGGAUUUUUUACUGGAUUUGCGAGGACAUCGUACUGUUAUUUUCACAACACAUCAUAUGGAAGAAGCGGACGCUUUGGGGGAUCGUAUUGCGAUCAUGAAUCAUGGUAUUAUUGUUUGUCACGGAACCCCAAUGUUUUUGAAGAAAGCUUACGGUACCGGGUAUGAGUUAACAAUCACCAAACAAGGUGGGAAUUCGGCUGCUAUCGAUAAUGUGGUCAAGACUGCAUUACCCAGCGCUAGUCUAGAACUAGAAACAGCCACAAAAACAGUGUACAAAUUACCGUUAACUGAAACUAGCGAAUUCCCAACGCUGUUUAGAAGUUUGGAAGCCGAAAAGUUGCGAUUGGGUAUUGGAAAUUUGGGACUUGCUGCCACUACAAUGGAACACGUAUUUCUAAAAGUUGGAGGUAUUUCUAUUUAUGGUGCAGAAUCAACGAAAUAUAAGAAAGUUACCGACUCCUAUUAUGGAACUAAUUCUCUGCAUUAUGUUGAAGGUGCGUCUUUGUACGUUCAACAAAUCAAAGCUAUAUUCAAGAAAAAAUUUCUUUAUACGUCGCGUAAUUCUUUCAGCAUAUUCAUUCGAAUUAUUCUACCAUCGUUGUUCAUAAUGUUCGUGAUGUAUGCACUGAACCAAGACCUUUCGCCGCAACCACCAUUGGAUUUAUCAAUGAGUACCUAUCCAGGUUCAACAGUUGUACUGAAAAAUAACGUCCCUGAUUCCAGUUUUGCCAAACAUCUUCCAGCAUACGUUGCCGAAAAAGGAGGUUUAUUGGUGGACGCCCGUAUUUCUCCGAUUGAAAAAGAUUUACUUCAGUAUGGAAGCGAUAUUUCGAAAUACAAUAAGCAGUAUAUAUCAGCUUUCGAAGUGAAUUCAUCAACUAUGAAAGUUUUGAAUAAUCCUCCUUUGCUACAUUCGUUUCCAAUUACCAUAACCACGUAUACGAACGUAUUGCUUCGCAGUAUUACGAAUGACAGUCGCUACCAAAUCAACACAAUUAUUCAUCCUCUACAAAUCAAACUAGAAUCACAUGUUGAUACAGAAACAGGAGAACGAAAAACGAAGAAAGUGUGCGCAAGUCAACCAAACGUUAUUACCUUUUAUGCCAUAUGGUUCUUCGCAUUGGCAUUUUACACGCUCGAUUUAAUGGCUCUCUUCGCCGAAUUUGUGAACAUGGAGCGAAUUGACGGAUUUCAACAUAUUCAAACCAUGUCGAGUGUUUCUCCAUUGGUGUAUUGGUUCGCUACCCUGUUAUCCGAUCUGACGUUCGUUUUGUUGGUAACUUUCCUUCGCGUUGGAAUUUUCAAAAUCGUAGAUCAUUCCUCUUUUCUUGGCCUGGAUAUGUCGCUCGGUGUGUUUGCAGUGACGAUAAUUCUUUACGGAAUAUCCGCAUUACUUUUCAUCUACGUAACCAAUAAUUCAUCCGAUUCCAAAGAAGAGUCGUAUACUUCAUUUUUCUUAUUCAACUUCAUAUAUUGUAUGAUGACAAUAAUUGUUUACGCAGCGUCCACAGCAGAAUACAAUUCUAAAAUAUUGAAUUACGUUAUCAAAGUCGUCAGUAGAAUCGUUUUACUCGUUCCGUCUUAUAAUUUCUUGAUAUUAUUCAUAAAAUUAAUGUUGAUUUUCCGAGCCAAUUCAGUAUGUUCAUAUUGUUCUGGAGCCGCAAAAGCAAUCUGUGAAAACGAGUCGAUAAAGAACCCGUACUUUGUAUUUGAAUCGGAGCAGAAUAAGAUCGGUAUACUUUUGGAGACGUUAUUUUUGAUAUUCGGUAUCAUUUUAUACACCGUCAUACUAUCCUUAGUCAAUACUGGAUUUGUUCAUUAUUGGCUCAAUUCGUUGAAGAAUGGGCUGUUUGGUACAGACUCCACUAACUCGGCCGAAGGUGAUGACGAUGUGAUACAGGAAUACGAAGAAGUGCAAAAAUAUAAGCAGGAUGAAUCGAGUAUAGUAGAAGGAAACCAAAUUUCUUUGCUAGUGGAUGGAUUGCGAAAGAAUUAUAUCAACUGGUUCAAACCCUUUACUGCUGUUUCCGAUGUGAAUUUUGUCGUCAAACAUGGAGAAUGUUUUGGUCUUUUGGGAGUCAAUGGGGCUGGUAAAUCUACAACGUUUAAGAUGCUGACAGCUGAAAUUGUUCCUACCUUGGGUGAUGCGUCCAUCGAAAAUGUUAAAUUGAGUGCUAACAAAAUGCAGUAUUUAUCGAUGGCCGGAUAUUGCCCUCAAACCAACUGCUUCAUCGAAGUAAUGACCGGCAGAGAAAUGUUGUCCAUGAUUGCCACCAUGAGAGGUGUUUUCCGAAACGAGAUUAAACUACUGGUCGAUAAAUGGAUAGAAAUUAUAGGGUUAGGAGAAUUCCAGUACCGAAAAUGUGGCACUUACAGCGGAGGCAAUAAACGAAAAUUAUGUACAGCGAUGUCAUUAAUUGGGGAUCCCAGAGUAGUAUUCUUGGACGAACCUACAACUGGAGUAGACCCGGUUUCUAGACGCAAUUUGUACGACAUAAUGGGACAAAGUAAAGAACUCGGACAAGCAGUUAUUUUAACUUCUCAUAGUAUGGAAGAAUGUGAAACUCUGUGUGAUCGAUUAACGAUAAUGGUCUCGGGUGUUAUGAAAUGUAUCGGAACUGCUCAACAUUUGAAGAAACGAUACGCCCAAGGAUUCUCAAUUGUGAUAAAGAUCAACGAUAUUUCCGAAUCCGACGAGGAAAAAGAUGCGUUAAAAAAUACCAUGUUGGAGACAUUCACGGAGGAAUAUUGUAAUCUGAUAGACGAACAUAAGGCGUUGCUUCAUUAUCAAAUAGGAGAUACAUCUUUACUGUGGUCGACUUUGUUUGAAAAAAUGGAAGCUCUAAAACAACGCCAUCGUGACAUAGUUGAAGAUUACGUACUAACAGAUACCACUUUAGAGCAAGUUUUCAUCUCAUUCGCAGAGUAAGGUUUUCAGCUGCGAAUGGAAACAGAUUUUUUCUGCGUGAAAAUGAUGAGCCUUAACAUUUACAUAAUUGUAUCGAGCUUUCUUUUUUUAUUUAUCAGUCAUCACUGCGAAUUGUGAUAUUUUGGCCCCCCUUAAUACAUGCAUCAGUUAUACAGAGUUUUAAUUUUAAAUAAAACAUUUUAUUUCUUCCUGA